AUGCAUGAAUUUAAUUUAAAUUUUUGGCGUCGUUUACCUAGACAACAACGUACAACUAUCAUUGGAUCUCUUUUCCUUCUUCUUCUUGUGUUUGUUUAUGUUGUUUAUUAUAAACAUUCUACAAAAUCAAUUGAAGAUAUUCCAUAUGAGCAACAUCUAUCAGUAAAAAAUAAAGAAAAACAAACAUGGCCAAAGAAGCAACUUCAAGAAAAUCAAUUGUCAACAGCAAGAACUUUUUCAACUCCAACAAAUGAUCGACAGAUAGCUGUAAGAGAUGGUAUGCGACAUGCUUGGAAAGCAUAUCGAACAUAUGCUUGGGGUUAUGAUGAAUUAGAGCCAAUAUCUAAAACUCCAUCAGUCUGGUUUGGCCUUGGUUGUACUAUUGUUGAUGCGAUUGAUACAUUGUAUAUAAUGAAUAUGACUGAAGAAUAUAAUCAAGCUCGUGAAUGGAUAAAAACUUCAUUUAAUGUUGAUUCAACGUCGGUCGAUAAAUAUAAUUCACAUUUUGAAAUAACAAUACGACUUUUAGGUGGCCUACUUAGUAUAUAUCAUUUAACAAUGGAUGAAAUAUUUUUAAAACGUGCUACUGAAUUAGGUGAUCGACUUUUAUUGAAUUUUAAUUCAUUGACUGGUUUACCUUAUACAGAAAUAAAUCUUAAACAAAAUAUUACUAAUCCAUCUCCACCAACGUCCGUGUUAACAACAGCUGAAGUUGGUACUGUUCAACUGGAAAUGCGUGAUUUAUCACGAAUAACUGGUGAUAAAAAAUACGAAAAUGCAGCUGAUAAAUCAGCAGCAACACUUCAUAAUCAAGCAAAAAAUGAUGGUCUUGUAUCGAUUGCUAUCAAUUCAGCUACUGGAAAAUUUUCUGGUCCUAUUGUUACAUUUGGUGCACGUGGUGAUUCGUAUUAUGAAUAUUUACUUAAACAAUGGUUGCAAACAGGACAAAAAAGACCCUCAAAUCAAAAACAUAGUAAUUUUUUUCCAGAUGGUGUGCAACAACAUCUAUGGCGAAGAGCGUAUCCGAAAGAAUUUUAUUUUGUCGGAGAACUAAUGGAUAUGACAACAUUUUCACCAAAAAUGGAUCAUUUGGCUUGUUUUCUUGCUGGCAAUAUGGCACUUGGGUGGAAUUUUCAUCGUAGCUUGACUCAUCUAUUUGAUAUGGCAAAAAAUUUAACUGAAACAUGUUAUCAAAUGUAUGCUCAACAACCAACUGGUCUCAGUCCUGAAAUAGCAUAUUUCAAUAUAGAACCAAAUUCUUCAAAAUCAUCAAUUAUCAUUCACGAGGGUGAUACACAUAAUUUGUUGCGUCCUGAAGUCGUUGAAUCAUUAUAUUAUAUGUAUCAUUUAACUGGUGAUAAAAUAUAUCAAGAGUGGGGUUGGAAGAUUUUUCAAGCAUUUGAAAAAUAUAGUAGAAUAGAUAAUGGUUAUACAACAAUAGGUGAUGUUCGAAAUAAAAGUAAUGUUCAACCGCGCAAUAAAAUGGAAAGCUUUUUUCUAGCUGAAACAUUAAAAUAUCUCUAUUUAUUAUUUGAUACAACGAAUUUAUUUCCAUUUAAUCAAUGGGUAUUUAAUACCGAAGCUCAUCCAUUACCAAUUUAUAGUAAUUAA